AAAGUCAUCAUGGAGUACCUCGAGAUUUUGACGCGUGUCGUUCAAAAUUUUAUCUUGUAUCAUGUUUGUAGGGUCGUGUUGCGUUACUUAAUUCGAUUGGGGAAGUCUACGGGGUGGAAAGUUUUAAAUAAAAAUUAAGUUGUGAAGAUAAGUAAUCAAAUUCAGAGAAGUAACCAAAUUUAUUGUUAUCAAGUUUAUUUUUUUUUUCUUCUAAUUAAAUCAAAAAGAAAGAAAUAAAAAUGGGGGAUAGUUUCUUAACGAACCACAAAAAGGAUUUCAAAUGGCCAUCCGACAAACCAAUCAUGCAAAAACCCGCCCAGCCGCCGAUGAAAACCAAGCAAUUAAAUUUUUUCUUAACCGGCCCCGUGGAAUCAAUGUGCGGCUGUGGGAAUCAUACCUACGACACCCAUAUGAAGAGGUACGAAAAAUUAGCAGAAAAAGAAAAAAUUUUACAUGAAGAACUAAGUGGAGUUAAUGAGCAGAUGAUUACAUUAAGUAGUGAAAUGAUAGAUAAUUCUUGCGAUGUUGAUGACAUUUUAAACAGUACUUAUCAAAUUGAUUACAUUAAAAGAGGACUAAACGUUGCUCAAUACACGAAAUUGAUGCCGGCUGUUGAUUCUCCAGUUGGAGUACCAGUAAAAAGUCAAUCGAUUGGUAUUGGAGAUGGUUACCGAGAUCCAACUAGUUUUAGAUACACAGCAUUUAACAGACCAACUAUAGAUCCAUGUCCAACAGUAACAUUUGCAACUUCUCCUGCUAAUUUGGAUGCGUAUUUCAAACCAACAACCGGAAGGUCUGAGUAUCAAGAUUCAAUUAGCAAAAUGGGAUUAUCGAUUAUUAAGAGUCGACAACAGUAUAAGGAACCUUUACCAUCUUCUAGACGGCGAACUGGAGAUCCUUGUUUAUAAAAUUUCUUCAUAAUUAAAAAGAAAAAAUUAUAAAUAGACUUUGAAAUAGAUAAUUUAUUAAUUUAA